CGGGCGCGAGGAGCGGUAGCGCUGAGGGACAGCGCUUAAAAAACAACCAGAUCGUUCCUCUACCGUCAUUCUCAUCGCAGCGGCCCGUCCGUGAGGGUACGGCCCCGCCCCGGGAGGUGCGCGGGGUGGCUGAGGGGCUGAGGGGGUGGCGGGACCAUGGCGGAGGAAGGCCAGCGCUGCGACCCUGACCCGGCUCCUGUGGCGGAGGCUGGAGAUGGGGCUGAGGCGGACAGCCAGGCCGGGGAAGACCCCGCGGAGAGCCCCGACGUGUACAGAUACAUUAAGGGAGACUUGUUCACCUCCGAGAUUUAUAAAGUAGAGAUACAGAACCUGCCCAAAUACAUCGGGUUUAACGAUGUGAAAAAGUUCCUUGCCAAGUACGGGCUCAACCCUCACAAGAUAAAACUCUUCGGGAAGCAGACGUUCGCCUUCGUGACGUUCAAGAGCGAGGAGGAGCGGGACAAGGCCAUGCGGGUGCUGCACGGCGCGCUCUGGAAGAGCCGCCACCUCAGCGUGCGCCUGGCCAAGCCCAAGGCAGACCCCAUCGCCAAGAAGAGGAAGCAAGAGGAGGAUUCGGAGCAGGGAGAGGCGAAGCGUCCGGCUCCCUGCGGAGAGGAGCCCCUGAGCAAGCGGAUCGCGGACGUGGUGACCCCGCUGUGGAACGUGCCCUACGAGGCGCAGCUGGCCCAGAAGAAGCAGGAGUGCGAACAAGUGCUGCAGAAGCUGACAAAGGAAAUAGGAAAUAACAACCGAGCUUUAUUACCCUGGUUGUUCCUGCAGAAGCAGAAGUUUAAUAAAUUAUGUUGCCCAGUGGAGGGAGUGAAAGCAUCACCCUUGCAGACCGAAUAUCGCAACAAAUGUGAGUUCUUGAUUGGGAUUGGUGUAAAUCAAGAAGACAAAACUGUGGGUUGUCGUCUUGGCAAAUAUAAGGGUGGUACAUGUGCUGUAGUGGAGCCAUUUGAUACUAUUCACAUUCCUGCUAUUGCCAAAAAAGUAGUAAAAGCUUUCCAAGACUACAUAAGGUCGACUCCGUACUCGGUGUACAGCCCCGAAACCUACGAGGGGCACUGGAAGCAGCUCACGGUGCGCACCAGCCGCCACGGCCACAUCAUGGCCAUCGCUUACUUCAACCCUCAGAAAUUGAGUAAAGAAGAGCUAGCUGACCUGAAAAUCUCUCUGGCAAAAUACUUCACAGAAGGGAUGGGAAAGAGCAGUGGUGUUACUUCCCUGUACUUUGUGGAGGAAGGACAGAGGAAAUCUCCCAAUCUAGAAGAUUUGCCUUUGGAGCAUGUGGCUGGUGAUAAGUACAUAUAUGAAGAACUCCUUGGCCUAAAAUUUAGAAUUUCUCCUCAUGCAUUUUUUCAGGUGAACACCCAGGCUGCAGAAGUGUUGUACACUGCCAUUGGGGAGUGGGCACAACUGAGCCAGGAGAGCACCGUGCUGGACAUCUGCUGUGGGACAGGAACCAUUGGGAUUUCUUUAGCAAAGAGAGUGAAGAAGGUCAUUGGGAUUGAGCUCUGUCAGGAAGCUGUGCAGGACGCCAAGGCAAACGCCCAGAUUAAUGAACUGAAUAAUAUUGAAUUUUACUGUGGGAAGGCAGAAGAUAUUGUUCCUUCCCUGAUGAAUGUUUUAGCUCCUCAGAACCUGAUCACAAUUGUAGAUCCACCACGGGCUGGGCUGCAUUCCAAGGUAAUUCUUGCCCUGAGAAGAGCUGAACAUCUGAAGAAGCUCAUCUAUGUCUCCUGCAAUCCCAGAGCUGCAAUGAAUAACUUUGUGGACCUGUGCCGGGCCCCUUCCAACAGGGUGAAAGGAGCCUCGUUCCGGCCCGUGCGAGCCCUGGCCGUGGAUCUGUUCCCUCAGACCAGGCACUGUGAGCUGCUGCUCUUCUUUGAGAGGGUGCAGUACGCCAAUGGCAGCUCUGCAGCAGCAGCACCUGCAGCCAGGGAGAGCCCAGCAGCAGCCUGUGGCACCGAGGGCACGGAUGGCAGCAGCCCAGGCAGCGAGGGGAGCCAGGCAGCUGCUGCCCAUGGGGACUGCAGUCCAAGAGAGGGCUCACCUUAACUCCUCAGAGACUUCAUAGAAACUACUUCUGAUUUUUAACUGCAUUGGUAACAUCACUUCUGUAACAUGCAGGUAAUAAAUCUCUGUACAACAGAGUAAUUGCAAGGCUUCCAACUUAUUUCAUCAUCCUGAUUUGAAUUAAGUUUCAUUAUCAUCAAUUCCCAGAAGGGUUUGUGUUGAAAAGGACCUUAAUGAUUAUCUGAUAACCACCCCUUGGCCAUGAGCAGGGACACCUUCCACUCAGCCAGCUGCUCAGAGCCCCAUCCAGCCUCAUCUCAAACACUUCCAGGGACAGGAUGUUCCAUCAUACAAUGAGCCCAAAUCCUGCUUUCCCCUUCCUGCCUAGAUACAUACAUACAUUUAUAUAAAGACACCCCCAAUUCCCAGAGCAGAUCAUCUUGCUGCAGGGACCUGGACCUACCUGUCAGUAUUUCAUCAUUCUCUGACUCCUUCAAAACUGUGCUGUGUUUUUUCAGUAUGCAAGUUAAGAUUAACCCUUUCAACAAUAAUUUACUUGCUAAAUAUUAGGAAGUAACGAACUCAGUCUAAUAAAAAUGCUACACUUGCCACAACUGAAGUCAGUCUUACUCUCAGACUGUAGCAAGACAAAGGCUGCAGGUUUCCUACAGUAUACUGCUAAAGCUGAGAGGACUUUGCUCAAGGCAAGUCCUCACCACUGCAAACGGACAGCCAGAACUGAACUGUGCCUUGAACAGCAGCACCUUACCCUGCACUCACUGCAGCCACUGACGGACUGUGAUCCACUGCAGGACACACAGCAACACUGCUGGAAGGAGCGACCACCUUCCAUCUCAACCUACUUCUAAUAUACAUCUAAUAUGGCCCAUGGCUGUGCUGAUACCACACCUCUGCACUGUUUGGUACCUGCACCCAACAGGUACCAAAACCAGCAUUUGAAAAGUUGUAACAUUUCCAGCUUUGUCAUGGUUCAAGUAAAAAUACAAAUCCCAAUUUAAAAAAAAAGUAACUUCAUUUCAUUCCAAGUGUUUAACCAUGUAAACAUUCAAUUCCUCACCAAAAAAGUGAUGCAGUAUUUCCAUAAUCAAUGAGGCUGCACUGAUCUAAUUUCUCUUUAAAAAAUACCUAGAGAAUUUGAAGAAUAAAAGUUCCUUUCUCUAUAUAUGCUUACACUAUCAUAAUACUGAUCACACUGGCACAUUUUAUAAUAUCAAACUUUAUUGCUCGAAACUAAUUGUCUGAAAAAUACACAUGGAGUACUCAAAGACCGAACACAGAGGAUUACAUGAUUGUGCAGAAAAAAAGCAAGCAGAGGCUCAGUGGAAAUGAGGCUUUAUAGUUGUACCAAUUUAGCACUGGCACCAAGCAACUGCACCCAACACAACUCAAAACAGCCACCAUUGUUACCUGCUGGGGCAAUAAGGAUGAACUUUGUUUUGUUUUCCCAUGUUCUCAGAUACACAUUGAAUACUGUCACCCAUCAUUUUAUUUGGUUAAUAACAGCAUGGCUUCUUGCACUUCACAUUUCUUCCCACUAAGUUAGGAGGCUAUCACUUCCUGAAUUUCACUCCAGAACCAAAGUACAGUUUAGUGAAUUAUUAAGAUAAUCAUGAUGCUUUUAAAUACUUGGACAUUACAAAUAUUAUUUGUAUAAAGCCUAACAGCAUCACAGGAGAAUGAAAGUUUACAUACAACAGUUAAGUUUAUGCAUAAUAAUCUUUCCAAAGUUCUGAGUACCCAACUAAUUCAGUUUUGUCUAAUAAAUAUGUUUAAAAAAGCUGAUGACUGGUGUUUCAGUAGGUAGCAUCUGACUAGUCACAGUAAGUUUUCCGUCAGUACCAUGAAGAUUUGAAUGCACACAAAUUUAAUCCUUAAAGUCAAUAUACCACACUUUUGUCGAGAAGCACAUAAUAUGCAAAGCAAAAUCUGUCUAAUCCCCAAAGGAUGGAACAGUUCUUAAAAAUACACUCCAUCCCUAUAAAAAUACCCAUCUUCCCCUGGAUAUAGAAGGGAUAAAUAACAAGUAUCAGUGACAAAAGCAGCAGUUUUAUGCAUUCAUACAAUCAGAUCUAAACCUUUACAGCCGAUUACCUAGAAAACACACAAGAGUUACAAGACAAGUUUAGGAUACAUCUUGAAUCACACUGUAAGUGUUCAUGCAGAAGCUGAAGUUAAUGCAAUGGUCUAUCCUCUAUCACAGCAGCUCGUGCUUAUGUGCAAAUGCAAGACUGUUACACCCCAAACAAUAGUAAACAUUAAAACACAAGAAUACGUCACAAUGACAAAACAGCAGUUACGUUGUUUGUUCCAGCAGUUAUUGCGCUAUUUUCUGGACAUCUCUCCAGUUAAAGGCUGCAGCAAGGUCUAAUACCAUCUUUUUAUGUUUGUUUUUGUUUAGAAUGCAUAAUAUACGUUCUAGGCUUUGGUUCACAAUGAAAUCUCUGGAUGUUUUAAUUAAGGGCAAUGGUCACCUUGUGAUUCUGAUAGUGGCAGACUGAGGUAAUACAGCAAUCCUUUUAAAAUUAAUGAAAACAAAUUGGUAAGUGAGGCAUCCAUGGAUAUUCUGCAGGUGACCUGCAAAUGCAUUGACAUUCUGAUUUCAGAAAAAUAAAAAGAUCUACAAGGGUGAUUUGUCUUUUACAGUGCCAUCCAAGUACAGAUUUUUCUGCUGAAAACACAAGCUGAAAGAAAACCUAUCUAAGAGUAAUACAUUUAGGCAUAGAAGGUAAAAGCCCUGUCUUCAUGAAAACAGAAAAGUCCCAAUAAAAACAAUGAAAAUAGACAAACAGCAAUCGCUGCUUGUCACUACUGCACCAAUAUGAUAUACCCUUCAAAAGAUGGAGAUUUAUUAAAGCUAUACAAAAAAAAAGCAGAGGCAGUGUUUUUUUUGUGUUUUUUUCUUUUUUUUUAAGACAGGCCACUUCUUUAAAUAAUAGUUUAUAUAUUGUCUUCCAACUACCCGUAUCCUGUUGUAACAGGAUUACAACUCAUGGAACUAAAAAGCUAAAUAUAAUAAUAAAAAAUGCGUGGAUUCAUAUUUGCAGAGACCUCCAAGCAUAUCACCUAAACACAGAAACAGGUAAGACUCCAUGACUCCUCCUGUUUAACCUCUAACAUUAUAUGAACAUUAGAGAACACUAGUUUGAAAUAUAAAUUAAAAUCCACGUAUUUCCAAAGUAAUGUGUGAUGUUAAAAGGAGGUCUUACAAUACUGAUGCCAACAUUUUUAAAAUCCAGUAGGCACUAAAUUCAAUAUAAUGCAGCACUCUAUGUAACAUGGUAAAUUAAAAAACAAAACCACACCAAAAUCAGAAAAAAAAAACAAACAACAAAAGAAAAAAACCCCUCAAGCCCCCAGAUCCCUGUCAAUGUAAGUACCAGGAGCUGCAGCAGGUACAGAGAACUGACCUUUCAUUCUCAACAGGAGCAGGAGUGUCCCAAGGGAGCAGUGCAGCUCCUGGCUGAGUCACUGCAGCCCUGCCCCAGCCCGGCUUUCGCUCUGUUCCCAAAGACCAAGCCAAGAAACGGCUGCAGGAGCAGAGUCCUGAGGGACCCAGAGCAGCCCAGUGCAGAACAGCAGCCAGGGAGCAGGGUUUCACACAGCCACACCAUUGCUUUUGUGCUUGGCUUGAGAAAGCCUCAGGUGACACAGUGAGUACUGCCUGUUUGCCAGGAUCGUGGUUUAGAGUAGUUGCAUAUUUGUGACUUUCUUAUUUAUGAGUAUAACCAGUUAUGGUCUCAUUCUACUUAUUACUCUAUGUCAUAGUCCAAAUCUACAUUCUAAUUUUCAUUGCAGAAGUUACACACUUUCUUUAAAAACUAAAAAUGUAAUUAAAAAAGUAAAAACAAAAACUUGUUAAAAAAAUCUAAAUUGCUGCAGUCGGACUUAAGGGUUGUGUUGAUUUAUUUUCUAAAGUCUUUGCUUUUAUGGUGCAAAUUAAGACUUAACUGAUCAAGUCAGAUGCAAUCUGACACCAAACAAAUGAGAAAUUGUUUUAUUGCUGGGAAAAGGGAGUGGAAAGUCAUUGGCAAAAUAUUUUCAGACUAUCAACCAUCAUCAGCUGCAUUUUGGCUCCAAGCUUUGAAAACAGCUUUUUAAAUUACAGUUUUUACUUUAAUCAUAUAAGUGGGGCCAUAUUUUCCCUGUUCAACUGAUCUGUAAACUAACACAGGCUCUUUUCAUUUAAAACAAACCCCAGUAAUUUUCCAUCUCCAACCUGUUACUCUUAACACUACCAGGUAUUCUUGUUCUUUUCAAGUAAUACAAAAUCUGCAUCCUCUAAUCUCAAAUAACUAAGCCUGGCAGGAGACAAGAAACAAGACAAAAAGAAACAGCAUUACUGGCCUAAUCCUAUGGCAUUAGAAACAUUGCUCAUCACUUUCCUGUAUUUGUCACCAAAGUGUCUUAUCAGUGCAUAUUAUUAUGUGCUGAAAUGCAACAAAACUUUUCACAAAAAUAGUUCUAGGCAUGUUCAUACAAGAAGAUGUACAUAUACUUCUUUUAUAUAUACAUAUAUAUGAAUGUGUAUAUAUAUAAUAUCAGCUUCAACCUGUACAUAGAUAUUCUGAAUUUCAUACUUAAAAUACAUCCAUUCCAAACAACAUGGAUGGCUUUCCAGGAGAAAGUGCUUGAUUGGUUUUAUCCUGUGUGAACAUGCCUGUCCUCUGUGCAUUUGCCCCAGUAGAGAUCUUUAUGAUCAAUUCUUUAACGUAUGUAUCUCAGAGGUAUUAAACAAGGAAAAAAAAAAAA